CGCCUUCUCGGGUUCCCUCCGCCCGGCCUGGUGAGCCGCCGGGGUCGGGGACUCGAGGUAGGCCUGGUUAGGCAGACUGCCCUGUCACGGCGGGCCGGGUGAUGUCACACUUCUCUGUGACACGCGGGGUCCCUUGGUUACCUGGAAGCCAACGGUAGAGGCCGGAGGUGAGAAGAUCCGGGGCUGGCCCGGCUUCCCAGCCCCAAGGAGCAGCCCCCCUCUGAUCUGAUAGAUUAUCUCUGGACAGAGCAAGCUGUCUCGUGCUAGGCCAGGUUGCAUUUCCUGUCCAAUCAGGCUGCCGUUGACCAAACCACAACAAAACACUUUGAACUUGAGACUCUCCAGUUACACAAACACUUGUGAAUGUGUAACACUUUAGAAGAGCUGACUGCCGGAAACACAGACAAGGCACUUAAGGUUAAAGCAGGUGUGCAGAGCAGACUUCGGAACCAUGAACGUAUUUGAUCGGAAGAUCAACUUUGACGCCCUCUUAAAAUUUUCCCACAUAACUCCCUCGACACAGCAGCACCUAAAGAAGGUCUAUGCCAGCUUUGCGCUCUGUAUGUUUGUGGCGGCGGCAGGGGCCUAUGUCCAUGUGGUCACACACUUCAUUCAGGCUGGCCUGCUCUCUGCCUUGGGCUCCUUGGGCUUGAUGAUUUGGCUGAUGGCAACACCUCAUAGCCAUGAAACUGAGCAGAAGAGACUGGGACUUCUCGCUGGCUUUGCUUUCCUCACAGGAGUUGGCCUGGGCCCUGCUUUGGAGUUGUGCAUUGCUAUCAAUCCCAGCAUCCUCCCCACUGCCUUCAUGGGCACGGCCAUGAUCUUCACCUGCUUCAGCUUGAGUGCACUCUACGCCAGGCGCCGGAGCUACCUCUUCUUGGGAGGCAUCUUGAUGUCAGCCAUGAGCCUCAUGUUCUUGUCCUCGCUGGGGAACCUUUUCUUUGGAUCCAUUUGGCUAUUCCAGGCAAAUCUGUAUAUGGGGCUGCUGGUCAUGUGCGGCUUUGUCCUUUUUGAUACUCAGCUCAUUAUUGAGAAGGCUGAAAAUGGAGAUAAGGAUUACAUCUGGCACUGCGUGGACCUCUUCUUAGACUUUGUCACACUCUUCAGGAAGCUCAUGCUGGUCCUGGCUUUAAAUGAGAAGGACAAGAAGAAAGAGAAGAAGUGACUUGGUUGUCGGCCUCCCCAGCUUGACUCCUCCUGCCCCUCAUUCCUCUGCACACAUUACAGGUGUCGUGUUCUAUGAUAAUGAAAAGCAUCAGAAAAGCUUUUGUACUUUGUGGUUUUCUCUAUUUUGAAUCUUUUGAUCAAAAAACUGAUUAGUGGAUAUAGUUUGGAGUUUGGCUUCAUAUUCCUGAGGUUCUCCACGCUCCCUUUCUGUCAGCCCAUGCUUGCAUUGUUCAGGCAGCCAGUCCACCCAGAUGAGGAGUGAGGAGCAGAUGUCCGCCUUCCUGCCACGCCUCUGCAGAUGGACCCUCUGGACUGUUGCUGGAGCCUCUUAGGGCCUUGUGUUUGGUUUUCACAGUCCAGUGAGACUGGGCAGUGUGUUUGCCCUGGGAAGGAGCUCACCUGCCCUGAGUUGUUGGCCUGCCAGAGAGCGACUCUGGUGGGUGCUCUUCCUCCUCCGCUGCCUGAAUUGGUCUGGCAAACGCCUUUCUCCCUUGCCAUGAUGGAGGGAAUGUGGAUUUGUGGGUGUUCCCUUUCCCACCCCUGAGGGGCCCUCAGGGACUCACCUACUUUCCAUCUGUGGGGUGGGCAGGCCUGUGUACAAAGGGCAGAACAGCUGUUGCUGGGCAUCGUGAAGGGCUCUGUAUGUAUGGCAAGGUAGAUAUGGCCGCUCUCAAGUUUCCCUAUUGUAUUUUGUUGUUGUUGGUUUUUUAAAAUGAUCACCUUUGUUACUGAUUGGCCUCCACUGGGUGGCUAUGGUUAAGUCUUGGGGGAAGGAUAGGAAAGGGGGAUGGUUGAGCCUCAAGGCUGAUUGUACUGAAUCCUCCCAGAAAAGCCUCUGUAAGGACUGCAGCAAGGGACAAGUCUCCACCAGCCGAGCACUGCCUUGCGGGAGUCUUGACUGUGAUGACUUGAAGGUGGCACUCCACGGCUCUUCAGUGCAUUUUUGUCUGUCUGCCUGGACCCUAGUGGAGCCUCAGGCCAGAGAUCUGAGGCAGGAGGUUCACUUACAGAUGCACUUUAGUUUGGUUUGUUCACCUGUUUCUAGAAAUUUGUGGUCUAGGCAGAAGCCAGGUGGCCAAACCGGGGGCCCAGUCUGCACAGAGCGGCACCGGGAGUUGCCGUGGCCCUGGCUGUUUGUGGUUUCAGUUCACGGAACCCAGCCACUGAGAGCCCGUUACCAGCGGGAUGGCCUUCGCCUUCCUGCUCACAGCCAGGGCAGUUGAACACGGUGGCUCCUGUCUACUGUCCGGGACACUGCCUGUGCAGUGGUGUGCCCCGGACGGGCUCAGUGCCACGGGUACUGCCCUGUAGGCCUGCUGUCUCCGCCCUGGCUUGGCCUUGACCUAAGGGACAUCAGCAGCUCUGCAGGAAAAGGCUUGUUUGCAAGGCCCGAGGAUCUGACGUAGCCCCACCUCUUGUGCUUGUUUGCUUGGGAUAAAGGAGUUUUUCUUUAGAAACAGUGCCAAGAAUGAGAAGAUAUAAAACUACUUUUAAAGAAAACGCCUAACGGGUUUUUAAUACAGGGGUCGUUGCCGUUUUUACUUCCUAGUUCUUCAGUUUCCAGCUCAGGCUGCAUUCUCUAACUCAUACUGUGAAGACAAAGGUGUUUUGAUUAAAAAAUAUAUCUACAUAGUCUUAAUUUGUAAAAAAUAAAGAAAAUUCCUUAACCUUU